AUGUUAAAACUUAUAGUGGAGAAUCCAUCAAGCUUAUCCUACGCAAGUCGCCAUUUCAACGGAAACCAUGUAAAACAAAAUCAAAACACAGUAUAUCCGACCCCGGAAUCACCAUCAAUUACACCAGCAAGAAGAAGAAGGCGAGCAAUGCAGCACAAACUUGAUAAAGAACACAGCAUUCAUCUCGAACGAGUACAACAAAUGGUAAAACAAAUACGAGGUCAAAAAACACUGGCGGUCAAGUGGCAGGAACAGGAGCGUGAGCGGAGGGCGAAGGAGGCCGAGGAGGCGAAGCGGCAGCUGGAGCAGGAACUGAAGGCCCAGCAGGAGGCGCGCGAGGCGGAGGAGCGCCGGCGCGUCGAGCUUGCCAAGCAGCAGCGUGAGGAGUCGAAGGCGCGCAAGGAGGAACUGCAGCGGAAGCAGGCCGAGGAGAGGAGAAAGAAGAAGGAGGAGCUGCAGGCCGAGACCGAGAGGCUGCUGGCCGAGGCCCGCAGCGCCGAGGAGGGCGAGAAGAAGGCGCUCGCCGAGAAGGUGCGGACAGGAAAGGAGGAAGGCGCCAGGUGGCAGGAACAGGAGCGUGAGCGGAGGGCGAAGGAGGCCGAGGAGGCGAAGCGGCAGCUGGAGCAGGAACUGAAGGCCCAGCAGGAGGCGCGCGAGGCGGAGGAGCGCCGGCGCGUCGAGCUUGCCAAGCAGCAGCGUGAGGAGUCGAAGGCGCGCAAGGAGGAACUGCAGCGGAAGCAGGCCGAGGAGAGGAGAAAGAAGAAGGAGGAGCUGCAGGCCGAGACCGAGAGGCUGCUGGCCGAGGCCCGCAGCGCCGAGGAGGGCGAGAAGAAGGCGCUCGCCGAGAAGGUGCGGACAGGAAAGGAGGAAGGCGCCAGGUGGCAGGAACAGGAGCGUGAGCGGAGGGCGAAGGAGGCCGAGGAGGCGAAGCGGCAGCUGGAGCAGGAACUGAAGGCCCAGCAGGAGGCGCGCGAGGCGGAGGAGCGCCGGCGCGUCGAGCUUGCCAAGCAGCAGCGUGAGGAGUCGAGGGCGCGCAAGGAGGAACUGCAGCGGAAGCAGGCCGAGGAGAGGAGAAAGAAGAAGGAGGAGCUGCAGGCCGAGACCGAGAGGCUGCUGGCCGAGGCCCGCAGCGCCGAGGAGGGCGAGAAGAAGGCGCUCGCCGAGAAGGUGCGGACAGGAAAGGAGGAAGGCGCCAGGUGGCAGGAACAGGAGCGUGAGCGGAGGGCGAAGGAGGCCGAGGAGGCGAAGCGGCAGCUGGAGCAGGAACUGAAGGCCCAGCAGGAGGCGCGCGAGGCGGAGGAGCGCCGGCGCGUCGAGCUUGCCAAGCAGCAGCGUGAGGAGUCGAAGGCGCGCAAGGAGGAACUGCAGCGGAAGCAGGCCGAGGAGAGGAGAAAGAAGAAGGAGGAGCUGCAGGCCGAGACCGAGAGGCUGCUGGCCGAGGCCCGCAGCGCCGAGGAGGGCGAGAAGAAGGCGCUCGCCGAGAAGGUGCGGACAGGAAAGGAGGAAGGCGCCAGGUGGCAGGAACAGGAGCGUGAGCGGAGGGCGAAGGAGGCCGAGGAGGCGAAGCGGCAGCUGGAGCAGGAACUGAAGGCCCAGCAGGAGGCGCGCGAGGCGGAGGAGCGCCGGCGCGCCGAGCUUGCCAAGCAGCAGCGUGAGGAGUCGAGGGCGCGCAAGGAGGAACUGCAGCGGAAGCAGGCCGAGGAGAGGAGAAAGAAGAAGGAGGAGCUGCAGGCCGAGACCGAGAGGCUGCUGGCCGAGGCCCGCAGCGCCGAGGAGGGCGAGAAGAAGGCGCUCGCCGAGAAGGUGCGGACAGGAAAGGAGGAAGGCGCCAGGUGGCAGGAACAGGAGCGUGAGCGGAGGGCGAAGGAGGCCGAGGAGGCGAAGCGGCAGCUGGAGCAGGAACUGAAGGCCCAGCAGGAGGCGCGCGAGGCGGAGGAGCGCCGGCGCGUCGAGCUUGCCAAGCAGCAGCGUGAGGAGUCGAAGGCGCGCAAGGAAAAAGUGAUGAGGAGGUUAUUUGAACAGCGUCGUCGCGUGGCGGCAGAAUUAUGGGAACAGGUUUAUGUUUGA